AUGGGAGAUAUCCCCAACGGACAGACAUCCGAGCCUCAAGUUGACCGCCCACGGAUGGGAAAAGAAUGGGUGAAAAUCAACGGUCCUUCAAUCCUUGUCUGGGGAACUUUCUGCAUCCUCGUGAUGGCUUCAACUGAACUCCUUGUUCGUCUGUGGCAGCAGAGGAGAUCGCCCGCGGACGGUUCCGCCUCGACGGCUACUGCUGCGGAUUCAGAGGGCAAGAGCAAUGGUUUGGUUGAGGGACAAGCUGUGAUGGAGGAGAAGAGCGCCAAUCUUCGGGUUGUUUUGAGUGAUUUGGAGAAGGCAAAGAAUGACCUCAAGAUGGCGAAGGAGUACCUUGAGGAGUCGAGGAAGGAACUUGAGGAGCUGAAUAGGAGCGUUGAUACUCUGCUUGUUGCUCUGCACAAGAAACGGGCUUGA